CGCGAUAACACGCUAGCCUAUCUAUUAGGUUCGAAUACGUCAUCAUCAUAUUUUACGAAAGGCGGUAGUAGAUCCUAUAUGAGAUUAGAUCCACUAUAGCAACCACCUCGAGCUCCAUACCAUCUCAGAAUGUCUCGAGGCUGCAAGAGUUCAAUCGCGCACAAUCACAGUGCGCAUGCGCUCGAGCUGCGACCUUCCAUGCGAGCAACAACGCGAACGGCCCGCCCGGGCACGGUUUUCCUGAUCCGAUGCCAGUGACUACUUUGAAUGCGCGCGAAACUCAGCGGACACCACUUAUAUGCUAACCACCACACCUAGCAGAUCAGGAACACCUCUUCCAUUUCUAUCGAUCUGCCCAAGGGAGACUCUUGUGGGAAAAUCAUCAAAUGUUGCCAACAAGUUUACCUCCACUGAGUAAAGGUGGUCAUGCAACACACUGCAAAAGAUGCUUGUCUGGCUUGCCAUCUUCCCAAGUGGAUAUUGAUCCGGCCAAGCUUGCACUAUCCUUUUACUGCUUAGGCUCCUUGGAUGUUUCGGGCGAACUCGAAAAGAAGACUAGGGGUUGGGAAAGAGAACAAUGGAAGGAAUGGAUAUGGAGUCAACAGACUAGCGGACAUUAUGGAACCGGCUUCCGAGCAAGCUCUUACAUGACUGCAAAACACUCGACAGAGGAACAUUCGGUCCAUGAUAGUCCUCAGAUCAUCAUGACUUAUACUGCCCUUCUCUCGCUGGCCAUAUUGCGCGACAACUUUUCACGUCUUGACAGGAAGGGUCUCCUGAAAUUCCUCAGGUCCUGUCAGAACACUGAUGGAAGUUUUUCUUCUGAGCCUUUAGGAGGCGACUCUGAUCUACGCACGACGUUCUGUGCUUUCGCCAUAAGCACCAUGCUUGACGACUGGUCAGGGAUGGAUGUUGCAAGUGCUCUCCAGUUCAUCUGUUCGUGCCGGACAUAUGAAGGAGGUUACGGGCAAUCGCCCUUUGGGGAGGCUCUAGGUGGCACUACGUAUUGCGCACUGGCAGCACUCCGAUUAGCUACUAAACAACUAGACCCUCUUGAUCGGCAGAAAACCGUUCGGUGGCUUGUGCAAAACCAAGCAUCCAAUGGCGGCUUUAGUGGAAGGACAAACAAGGACGCUGACGCAUGUUAUUGUUUCUGGUGCGGCGCAUCGCUGCACGUGUUAGAUGCAGGCGAUUUAGUCGACAAGGCGAAAAUGGCAUCCUUUGUAGCUUUUUGCCAAUUCAAGUUCGGCGGAAUCGCAAAGAUUCCCGGCGAGCAUCCUGAUCCCUAUCACACAUACCUCUCACUGGCAGCGGUGGCGCUGCUCCCGCCCGACUCGUCAGAAGGAACAUCGUGGGCGCUUUGUCCUCUAGAUCCUCUAUUGAACGCAACAUACCAGACGUCCUCGUGGGCUAGAGCUCAUAUUCCAGCCCUUAAAGUUGAUGAUGAUGAUGCUUUGGGUGAUGCAGGCAUAUAAGUAUGCGUUAAAUUACGUUGAAGUAAUAGAUAGCUGGUAGGCACUCGAUUAUAACAUUUCAUCGACUAUGUUCGAAGUGUUUGAAUGCAACAUUGCAUCAUGUCA